AUGGGAAACUCAUCGCCUCAUUUGCUGGCUGGAAUUUUCAUUGAUAAUCUAGAGAACGAAAUACAUAAUAAUCAAGUUUGUUGUACUGUCUUUGGGGUGGGGCUGGUGAGAUUUGCAAACAGCCCUUGUACAGCAAACAGUAACUUAAUAGGGACGUGUUAUAGAAGGAGACAGUGCACGGAUAUAGAUGGAUCGCCAGCCGGAAAUUGUGCUAAUGGAAUAGGAGCUUGUUGUGUCAUUUUGAGAACUUGCGGCGAGACAUCUUCUUACAACAGUACCUACUUCACAAAUGCUGCUUAUCCAACUCCAGUGACUGGAAGUACCAGAUGCACUAUGACCAUACAGAGAUGCAACCCUGAUAUAUGUCAGGUCAGAAUAGAUUUUUUGAAUUUCAACUUGGCUCAACCAAAUGCUAUGGGCGUGUGUAACAGCGAUGCUUUGUUCGUUACUGGAGGAGGAGGUUCAGUUCCUGUAAUCUGUGGAGAAAACACCGGCCAACACAUUUACGUGGAUUUCAAUGGUAACGAUACCAUCAACCUCAUUAUCACAACUUCCGCUACAGGACCAUCUUUAGGACGCGUCUGGAACUUUCUAGUGACGCAGAUCGCAUGCGCUUGUCCAACCCGAGCACCUUCUGGAUGUCUUCAAUUUUUCAACACAACCACUGGAACUGUUUCAAGUUUCAACUAUGGAGUAGGCAGCAACGUUAUAGAUCCAACAACUGGUCUUCCUGGUACCAGACAACUCGUGAAUGAAAAUUAUGGAAUAUGUGUAGGAAUGUUACCAGCCUCAUCCAAACCAUUUGUUCUCACUGUAGUUACAAACGGCGAUGAAGUCAAUGAUGUUGCUAACACUGGAUUUUCUCUCAGUUUCAUGCAGUUACCAUGUGCAAACAAUAUGUUCCUUGGAUGAGCAUUGAUAAUACACAUUCAUUAAAUCGAAGUUUUCCAAAAAUUCAUGUGUAUUCAGUUAGUAGAAAAAAUCAUUAGAGGGUUAUUCACCAGAGCUAAUCUUUUAUGUGACUUUUUGUGCCUCUGUCAUUUACUAUCUACUAAUUCAUCAUAUCCAUCAUCAGAUGAGAGAGAAGUAUGUGAAUUGACUUGUGGUUCUUGGUCGAACGUUAUAUUGGUGAAACGGAAAGAACUUUCUCCAAAAGAAUAACGGAACCUACAAGUAGUUUUUCGAACGAGAAGACCUAUCCAACAUUUGAAAACCAAUAUUGAGGAUUAGGAAUAUGAAUAAUUUUUCCUUGUCGAGUUUGAUUCAUGAUGAUGGAAAUGGUAAUUAGGAUAUAUUUCAAUUGAGGUGAUAUGGGGCAACGAUAGUACUUGUUUCAAUUGAAAGGACAAUUUGAUAGGUUGUUUUACAGAAAUGGUAAAAAUGUAUCAGUUAGGUAAAAAAAGUGUCAUGAUUCAAAUUAUCAUAAUUUAUGAGAAGCACGAUGUGGUAGUGUGUUAUUUUGAUGAAAAAGCAAAAUCAGAUCUAUUCACUUCAAGCUAUUUAUUUUCUAAACUGAGCACUUCAAACGUCAAAAUUCUAAAACUCAUCAGAUGAAUAGAGAUUAAUAAAUUAGUUUGGAUUACUUUCAAUUGAAGUGGUAUUCAGAGUGUGAUUCUUACGUUUAUGUGUCGCCAAACAAUAUAGAGGACAUUAUUUUCAACAAAACUCGAUUAUUUUUAAAUUAGAAACUUUUGCAAGAAUAGAACUGAAGGUUUUUUCAAGCACUUUGAAAAGAUUCUAUAAGAUUCACCAGAAAAUGCAUUUGUUUUGGUUCGUCACGUCCUAACCUCCAAUUUUAGCAUUUGAUGUAUAGAAACCAAACUUCAACUAUCUAUUACUCCAUUCGUAUUGAAUCUUACCUUCUUCUAUGAUGAAUUGUCAAAUGAGUCUAUGGAAUAUUAGUGUGCCCAGUAAAUCAAACAACUA